GCCUCGGCUACACUCCUCGCCGUUGCUAAUUGCCGAGCUAGAGUCGCCGGCGGCGAAAACGGCCGGUAAUGGCGUCGCAAAAUCGACUCCCCCAACUGAGGAAGGACGAGAUCACAGGGCGGUGGGUGAUUUUCUCGCCGGCCAGAGCCAAGCGGCCCUCCGACUUCAAGUCCAAAGCCCCGGUCACGGCCCCGGACCCGGGCUCCGACCACCGCCGGCGGUGCCCCUUCUGCUCCGGCAACGAGCACUUGUGCGCCCCGCAGAUCUUCCGGGUCCCGCCGGACCCGAGCUCCGAUUGGACGAUCCGGGUCAUCGAGAACCUCUACCCUGCGCUCGACAGGAACCUCAGGGAUGCCGACUUGGACGGCGGCGGCGGCGGCGCGGACGUGUUGCGCGGGUUCGGGUUUCACGACGUGGUAAUCGAGACUCCGGACCACUCGGUGCAGCUGAGCGAUCUGUCGCCGAGGGAGGUCGGCGACGUGAUUCUCGCGUGCAAGAAGAGGAUCCAGCAACUCGUGACCUUCGAUUCGAUCAAAUAUGUACAGGUUUUUAAGAACCAUGGGGCGUCGGCCGGGGCAUCUCUAAGUCAUUCUCACAGCCAGAUAAUUGCUCUUCCCAUUGUCCCUUCCAAUGUUUCGGCUCGGAUCGAGUGCCAGAAGGAGCAUUUCGAUCGGACGGGGAAGUGUUGUCUCUGUGAAGUCCAAUUGAACGAACUUUUGAUUGAUGAGUCGGCUCAUUUCGUUUCGUUCGUUCCGUUCGCUGCCACAUUUGCUUUUGAGAUAUGGAUUGCGCCGAGGGAUCACUCUCCUCAUUUCCACGAACUAGAUGAUGAUAAGGCUGCUGAUCUUGGAGGCAUACUGAAACUCAUGCUUAGGAAGAUAUGUAUACAGUUGAACGAUCCGCCGUUCAAUUUCAUGAUCCAGACUUCUCCGGUUCACACUCCUGGAUCCGAACUGUGUUCCACUCACUGGUAUUUGCAAAUAGUACCUCAGCUAACUAUUGCAGCGGGGUUUGAAGUCGCGACAGGUUGCCACAUAAAUCCAGUUUUCCCGGAGGAAGCUGCAAAAGUUUUGAGGGAAGUCCAUGUCCAGAUGUAGUCGGGGAACGUAAAGCAUUACUAACUCAGAUUGGCCAAUGUGCUGAAGCGGGUUGAUCUUGUUUGCUGUUCGGUCUAUUUAUAUACUUGUAUACCCUGAAUUCAAUUGGAUCGUUUAGCUUUGGCCUUACUAUGGCGCUAAUCUAAUUCGGGAUGAUGCAUGUAUGAGAGAAUACAAUAAAGCGUACCGCCAAUGGUCACUGGCUCGAUGUUUCUCUACUGCAGGAUGAGCUAUAUGAAAUAACAGAAGGUCUUUGUAGUUUUUGACGCUUGAA